AUGCCACGACAGGACGCGUUGGCGUUCGCACUGGUCGGCAGCACCGACACAUUCCAGGUGAAUGUCAUCCCUGUCAUCGCAAAGGCGGAUACGCUCAGCAAACCAGAGCUCAAGAAACUCAAGGAACAGAUCAAAGCGGACAUUGCAAAGCACAAGAUCAAAGUGUUCACACCAGCGAUUGACGAGGACGACAGCGAUGCUGUCUCGUUCACAUAUCUGCUCCUGGACGCGUUGCCGUUCGCACUGGUCGGCAGCACCGACACAUUCCAGGCCGGUGGUCGUUCUAUUCGCGGGCGGCAAUAUCCAUGGGGCAUCAUCGAAGUCGACAACUCGGACCACUGCGACUACAACCUCCUCAAGGACAUGCUUGUGCGGUGGGUGUACUGUUUGUAA